AUGAAGAUCAUCUCUUGGAAUUGUAGAGGCAUUGUAAAUGGACGAGUUCGGAGGCACGUUAAACAGCUUCUGAAUACGUCUAAAGCCGAUGCUCUUUGCCUUCUUGAAAUUCGUUCUUCUAAGGCGAGUAAUAUGAUUAAGCUAGCCCACUCUUUAGGCUAUGUGAAUCAUUUCAUUGUCGAACCCCUGGGUUUCGCAGGAGGUUUGCUUUUGUUUUGGAAACAAGGUCAAAUCGACCUUGAGAUCAUCCGGCACACCUCUCAGUCCAUCCAUGUUAGGGUGAACCGGAGGCCGGAGGAUGUGUACAUUACCUUUGCCUACGUUAGGCCUAAUUUGAUGGCUAAGCACAGUCCCUGGAUCGUCAUUGGAGACUUUAAUGACAUCGCGUCUAUCGGGGAACAAUGGGGAAGUAACAGAGUCGUUCAGCUGCGCAGGUUGGAUCGAGUGCUUUGGAAUCUUAAUGCCCAGCACUCCUUCCCGGAAGGAAAAAUUAUGGUCCUUCCGAGACUUCACUCAGACCACAACCCGAUUAUGUUUGUAGAACAAGCUGGUAGGCCGCCGGACCCUAGUAACCGACCAAUCCGUUUUGAGGCGGCGUGGCUGACAAGAGAAGAUUACAAAAGGAUCUGGAAGGAUGCAGCGGCCCUUGGUGACCAUAAUAUCGAGGCCCUUAUUUCUUCAGUUACUAAGGAGAGCUUGCAUUGGAAUAAAAAAGUCUUUGGGAACAUCUUUAAUAGGAAAAAACGUCUGGAAGCUAGAAUUCGGGGAAUUCAAUUGGCGAAUAAUUAUGCCACCUCUUGUGUUCUCCAGUCCCUCGAAAGAGAGCUCGCUGACGAGCUCAACAUGGUCCUUGACCAAGAAGAAGCUCUUUGGUUUCAAAAGUCUCGAAUGGACUGGAUUAGAGAUGGUGACAGAAACACAAGGUUCUAUCAUAAUUCUGCCAUGAUCCGAAGAAACAGGAAUCGCAUUAGAUUUCUUAAACCUCAAGGGGAGUGGACCGAUGACCCAAAUAUCCUAUCUACUCAUAUCAUCGGCUAUUUUUCUUCUCUCUUUUGCAGAGUUGAUCUAGAGGGAAACACGGAGCUGGUACCAGUCGGGCAGCCCCACAAAAUCUCGGCAGUCAGGGCUAACAACCUGCUUAGGAGAGCUUCCGUGGAGGAGGUCAAAAAAGCUGCCUUUGGAAUGAAAAAAUUCGGUAGUCCGGGACCGGAUGGAAUCCAAGCAGCCUUCUACCAGCAUUUCUGGGAAGAUGUGGGGCCAACUCUAACUCACUUGGUGAAUCAGGCCCUUAACUCUAGUAUGGUUCCUAAGUCCCUUCUCCAAGCGUUCAUGACUCUAAUUCCAAAGAAAGAUAAUCCGAAAUCGGCUGCAGACUUUAGACCAAUCACGCUACUCAACGUAGCUUUUAAGGUAAUCUCUAAGACUAUUGUGAAUAGAAUGAGGCCGCUGAUGUGUGAUCUUAUUGGCCCCCAUCAGAAUAGUUUCCUACCUGGGCGCUCAACGCAAGAUAACGUGAUUCUUACCCAAGAAAUGGUCCACACCAUGCAUAAAAAACGGGGCCGCAAAGGAAUCAUGGUUAUAAAAAUCGAUUUGCACAAAGCGUAUGACAGUGUGGAUUGGGGGUUUCUUGACAACACUCUUGAUGGUUUCGGCUUCCCGAGAAAGUUGAUCAAUCUUAUUAUGUUCUCGCUUAAAGAAAGUGAUAUCUCGAUCCUUUGGAACGGAGGCCGGUUACCCUCUUUUGUGCUUGGGAGAGGGCUUCGACAGGGCGAUCCGCUUGCACCCUAUCUCUUCAACCUCGUGAUGGAAAGAUUGGCCUAUGAAAUCCAAUCCCUUGUCGCUGUAGGCUCCUGGAAACCAGUGCAUACCUCUCGUGGGGGUAUUGGGAUUUCCCAUCUCUUCUUCGCCGACGAUCUUAUGCUUUUCGGCGAAUCCUCGGACCGCCAAGCCAGAACUAUUCUUAACUGCCUCGAGCGUUUCAGCAAAGCCUCUGGCCUUAAGGUAAAUCUUGCUAAAUCUCAGAUUUUCUGCUCUCCUAACACUACUGCAGGUGUUAAAAAUAUUAUUGAGAAUAGGUUGGGUAUCCCGAUAACGGAAAACCUUGGCUCGUACCUUGGUAUACCUAUCCUCCAAAGACGAGUUUCCAAAGAUUCUUUCACCUCUGUUGUGGACAAAAUGCGCAGGAAACUAGCGACAUGGAAAGCCAGUUCCCUUAGUAUGGCGGGUCGUAGAGUACUAGUGCAAUCCUCUUUAGCUACGAUCCCGACCUAUACUAUGCAGUCCAUGGCCCUCCCGGUAAGUACCUGUAAACAAAUUGACAAAGUGUGCAGGAACUUUCUUUGGGGCCACGCGGAGAAUACUAAGAAAAUUCAUACGAUAAGCUGGUCAGAAAUAUGCAAGCCUCGAGAUCUUGGCGGAUUAGGUCUUCGUAAGGUAGGAGAUUUCAACUUAGCCUUCCUUACCAAGUUAGCCUGGGUGGUCCUCACCAACCCACAUAAGCUGUGGGUUAAGGUCAUGCGGGAAAAGUACGUCAAAAACAGAAAUUUCCUUGACAACAAUGUCUACACCAACUGUUCCUGGAAUUGGAGCAGCAUCCUAAAAGGGAAAAACAUUCUCACUGAAGGUAUUGCUUGGAAAAUUGGGACGGGUUCUUCCGUUAAUUUUUGGUAUGACAACUGGCUAGGGAAUAAAAGUCUAGCCACUUCCCCUAAUAUUGUUGUACCGGAUGGUGGUGGUAACAUGCAUGUUAAGGAUUUUAUUAUCAGUAAUGGCGGGUGGAACUAUGCGGCCCUCGAAAGCCUCCUUCCGGGAGACAUGGUGGACCGUAUUAGAGCUAUCCCCAUCCCCUUGACUAAUGGCCAACAAGACAAGCUCAACUGGCCUCACUCAGGCACAGGGCUUGUCACUGUUAGCUCUGCCUUUUCCUUUCUUUCAGGUACUGAUGAUUCAGCGGCCUCUCACGAGUGGAUAUGGAAGAUCAAAGCAAUCGAAAGAGUCAAGCUCUUCGUUUGGAAAAUCGUCAAAAAUGGUCUGUUAGUGAACACAGAGAGGAAAAGACGGGGCUUGACGAUCGACAGCUCUUGUCCAAGGUGUGGCGCUGAGGAAGAAACACUUGACCAUCUCUUCCGGCAGUGUGAAGAUUCGAGGAACUGCUGGAGCAUCACUUCACCACUGCGGAACUUCAACGCUAGCAAUCACCUCCCCAUUGGAUGCUGGAUCGAGCAGAAAUGUGCAGGCGGCGUGGGGUAUUCUCCAAAUUUGAAGUGGCGGUCUCUCUUCCCCUACGUCUUAUGGAACAUUUGGAAAGCUAGGAACAAUGUGACCUUCAAUAACCAAAUCACACCUUCUCCAGUCAUUAUCAAACGUGCUUGUUCAGAAGCCUCGGAGGCCAGCCAGUCUCUCGCUUCCAGAAAGGGUCCUUUACCAGCGUCACAGAUUUGGGUUCACUGGUCCCCACCCCAAUCGGGUUUCAUUAAGCUCAAUUCGGAUGGCGCAAGGAAAGCUCUAUCCGGCCUUGCCAGUGCGGGUGGCAUCCUUAGAGACCAACAGGGAAAUUGGCUGGCAGGCUUCAUAACUAAAAUUGGGGUCACCAACAGCUUCAUCGCCGAGCUUUGGGGUAUCCGAGAAGGGCUCCGCCUAGCAAAAAACAGGGGCUACGACAAGCUCAUUGCUGAGACAGACUCCUUGUCCACCACCCAAGUUCUUCAUAACAGCUCAGGCAACACUCCGGAGGCCGAUACGCUCAUUGCGGAUUGCAAGACCUUAAUGCAGUCCUUUCUCGUCUUCGAACUCAAGCAUGUUCUUCGUGAAGGCAAUCAGUGUGCUGAUUAUCUUGCUAAUUUGGGGCAAGGCGCGUCAUGGGGUACAACGAUCCUCGAUCAACCUCCUGAUGACAUCAAACCGCUCUUGGUUCGUGAUGCCAACAGCGUAACUUUUAGUAGAUUUCAUUAA